GCCGAAGUGCCGACCCCGCAUGCAAGCACGCAAGACCUCACUGAAAUGGCAAGUUUCGUACAACCGUACCAAUAAAGACGCUUGCGACCCCUGGCACUCCUGAGUAUACAACAACCCUUCACCUCACCCUGAUCAUGGCUGAAUCACCUCCUAUGGGCAAUGCCCUCGAUGCGAUCGGCAACACCCCAUGCGUACAGUUGCAACGAGUUGUACCAGAUGGAUGCGCGCGGGUCUUUGUAAAGCUUGAAUCACUGAAUCCGACGGGCUCCUACAAAGACCGUAUGGCAAGAUCCUUGAUUGAAGAAGCAGAGCGGAGAAGUGAUUUGCGACCCGGUAUGACCAUUGUAGAAGCUACUGGAGGCAGUACCGGCUCCUCGCUCGCUUUUGUUUGUGCUGUCAAGGGCUACAAAUUCCACGUUGUAUCGUCCAACGCCUACGCGGUCGACAAGCUACGAGCUAUGGCAGCGUUCGGCGCUGAAGUGGAUCUGGUCAACAGCCCUUCUGGUCGCAUCACAGCAGACUUGAUUCCAUCGAUGAUAGAACGUGCAAGGACGAUUGCUCAGGGCGACACUUACUAUCCUACCGACCAAUUCAACAACGCUGACGCUUACGUUGGCUACAAAGCACUCGGGCUGGAGCUGGUCAAUCAAUUUCCGAACGGCAUUGACGGGUUCUGCGCAGCCGUCGGUACAGCUGGUAUGAUCAUGGGCGUGUCGAAAAUCUUGAAGGAACGGUGGCCAAAAACUCAUGUUCGAAUUCUUGAGCCAGUAUCUGCGCCCACUAUUACCGAGGGGCGGAGUGGUGUGCAUGGCGUUGAGGGCAUAGGAAUUGGAUACAUACCGCCUCUUCUCGAGAAGGACCUCUAUGACGACGCAUGCGCAGUCCCGGAGGACGAAGGUCGUGCAAUGUGUCGACGUCUUGCGAAGGAGGAAGGACUCCUUGUCGGUACAUCCACCGGUCUCAACGUGACAGCUGCCAUUGCACUGGCAAAGCAACUGGGACCCGACAAGACUGUAGUAACGGUCGCGUGCGAUACGGGGCUUAAGUACAUGCAUAGAGAUCUGUAUGAGUAAUGCAGUCUCUUUGCCAAAAAUGCGAUGCCCGAUGCUGCCAUCUGACGGCGUGCCAAGGGAGAAGUGGGUCAAAAACCUCGGAGCCGAGAUGAUCACGGUAGGUGACCUUCGGCACCAUCCAAAUUCUUCCAAACUUGGGACUACAAAGAAAGAUCGUUACCUGAAGAGCGUGAUCUAACCUAGAACGACGGUCGAUGGAGGCAGGUCGACGAAAGGAGAAUUGAGAAUACUUUAGCAUUAACGGAUACCCAGGCACGACU